AUUUAGCGUCCUUUUCGGAAAAAGAAGUAAUCGACAUAAUCCCCAAUUAAACACACGUAUCGGCUAUUGAAUCGUAUAAAUGCGGGGGAAUCCAAACGCCGUUCUCUAGAAAGCAUUCUUCUCACCAUCAUCAUCUGACCCUCUAAGCCUUCACGAUGACGUCCAAGUUAUUGGGUUCGAGAAUUGCUAUGCAGAGUCGUGCAGGCGUGCCUACUCGUAGGCCCUUCUCCACUUCAACCAGCAAGCUAAACAAUGAAAUCCCUCUUCCACUUGCCGGCUUACGAGUGCUGGAACUUGGUCAAUUGAUCGCAGGACCUUUUUGCGGUCAGUUACUAAGCCAUUUCGGUGCAGAUGUGAUCAAAGUUGAACCUCCUCAAGGUGGUGAUCCAUUACGUAAAUGGCGUGAAUUGGACGAAAAUGAUGGAAUAAGUCCUUGGUGGAGAAGUUUGAAUAGAAAUAAACGUUCGAUCGGAAUUGAUUUACGAAAUGAAAAAGGACAAAAGAUGGCUAAACAAUUAGCCCUGCAAAGUGAUGUCGUCAUUGAAAAUUUCAAACCUGGUGUUUUGGAAAAGUUUGGAAUGGCUCCCGAAGGUAUGUAUAAGCUGAAACCUGAUCUAAUCUUUACCAGAAUUUCAGGUUGGGGACAAAAUGGACCAAUGUCAAAAGAAGGUGGAUUUGCAGCAGUUGCAGAAGCGUUUGCCGGUUUUAGAUACGUAAACGGAUGGCCAGAUGAACGUGGACAAUUGGCAGGAGCGCCUGUUCGACCGAAUAUAAGCUUGGGUGAUAGCUUAGCAGGCACUUCUGCUGCUUUGGGAACAUUGCUCGCUUUGAUCGCUCGUGGAAAGAUGGACAGUAAAUCAGUCACUAGAACGGGACAAACUGUUGAUGUUGCAAUUUACGAAUCAGUCAUGAAUAUGAUGGAAGGAAUCGUGCCAAACUAUGAUCGAACAGGACUUAUUCGUGGUCCAUCAGGUUCAGGUGUUACAGGUAUCGUUCCAACUGCUGCUUUCCCUUGCAAAGAAGCUAAUUCGUUUGUGAUCAUCGGAGGAAACAAUGAUAGCUUGUACGUUCGUCUAAUGGAACAAAUUGGCAGAUCAGAUCUUACCGGAGACGCAUACAAAACCAACGCAGAUCGUGUUCACAAACAGGCAGAAAUCGAACAAGCAAUUACAGAAUGGACAAGCAAGAGAUCGGUUGAUGAAGUGUUGGAAGCAAUGCAAAAAGCAAGAGUUCCAUGUGGACCAAUCAAUUCCGUAAAAGAAAUCGUUGAAAAUGAACACAUUCAAGCACGUGGAAUGAUCGAAGACGUUCCUGUUCAUUCACCUGCAACAAACAAAUCAUGGUCAAUCAAAAUGCCAGGCUUAUCACCCGUUUUGGAAUACGGACCCAAAAAGACUCGAUGGGCUGGUCCUGAUCUAGGUCAACAUACAGAUGAAAUUCUCAAAGAAUUGGGUAUCCAAGGCGAAGAGAUUGCCUCGAUGCGUAAAGAUGGUGUCAUAGUUUAAAAGCUUUUUCAUGCGUUCUCAAUACAACUAGCAAUCAAAUUGAAGUCUUAUUCGUUAUGCAUUCCAGUAAAGAGUAGUACAGAUUCAUUGAGAUA